GUCAGGACAGGUAAAGCAAGACGAGUGCAAGAAUUGGUACGAAGAAUACCUCCAUUCAAGACAAUAGUGGAAUAAGGACGAGCGCUACUGUUUUCUAUAUUAGUUCAUACUUAUCAGCUCAAGAAUGGGCACGACAUAUAACUAUUCAGCUUGUUCCAGGACGAAGGGAAAAGCUUUUAUCUUAUUCUUUGUUUUCAUCGCAACAGUCAGUUCUCAAACGACCAAUUCUACAGCAGACCCAACAUCAUCUAUUAGUACAGCUGGCAACUCCAUAACAGGACCUUCUACGACAGCAACACAAACAAAUGUAACUGAAAUCACUUCAGAGAUUUCCACUUCCACGGCUGCAGGAGCUUCUACAACAGCACCACACACAACAUUUUCUACAAUUAAUCCAUUGAUUUCCACUUCCACUGCUGAAGGAGCUUCCACAUCACAACCACAAACAACAGCUUCUACAAUUAAUGCAGGGAUUUCCACAUCCACUGCUGAAGGAGCUUCCACAUCACAACCACAAGAAACAUUAUCCACAACCACUACUGUGAUUUCCACUUCCACCACUGCAGGAGCUUCCAUAUCACUACCACAAACAACAGCUUCUACAACUAAUUCAGUGAUUUCAACAUCCACUGCUGAAGGAGCUUCCACAUCACAACCACAAACAACAUUAUCUACAACCACUCCUGUGAUUUUCACUUCCACUGCUGAAGGAGUUUCCACAUCACAACCACACACAACAUUAUCUACAACCAUUCCUGUGAUUUCCACUUCCACUGCUGAAGGAGCUUCUACAUCACUACCACAAACAACAGCUUCUACAAUUAAUUCAGUGAUUUCCACAUCCACUGCUGAAGGAGCUUCCACAUUACCAGCACAAACAACAGCUUCGACAAUGAAUUCAGGGAUUUCCACAUCCACUGCUGAAGGAGCUUCCACAUCACAACCACAAACAACAUUAUCUACAACCAUUCCUGUGAUUUCCACUUCCACUGCUGAAGGAGCUUCCACAUCACCACCACAAACAACAGCUUCUACAACUAAUUCAGUGAUUUCAACAUCCACUGCUGAAGGAGCUUCCACAUCACAACCACAAACAACAUUAUCUACAACCAUUCCUGUGAUUUCCACUUCCACUGCUGAAGGAGCUUCCACAUCACCACCACAAACAACAGCUUCUACAAUUAAUUCAGUAAUUUCAACAUCCACUGCUGAAGGAGCUUCAACAUCACUACCACAAACAACAGCUUCUACAAUUAAUUCAGUGAUUUCCACAUCCACUGCUGAAGGAGCUUCCACAUUACCAGCACAAACAACAGCUUCGACAAUGAAUUCAGGGAUUUCCACAUCCACUGCUGAAGGAGCUUCCACAUCACAACCACAAACAACAUUAUCUACAACCAUUCCUGUGAUUUCCACUUCCACUGCUGAAGGAGCUUCCACAUCACCACCACAAACAACAGCUUCUACAACUAAUUCAGUGAUUUCAACAUCCACUGCUGAAGGAGCUUCCACAUCACAACCACAAACAACAUUAUCUACAACCAUUCCUGUGAUUUCCACUUCCACUGCUGAAGGAGCUUCCACAUCACCACCACAAACAACAGCUUCUACAAUUAAUUCAGUAAUUUCAACAUCCACUGCUGAAGGAGCUUCAACAUUACAAGCACAAACAACAGCUUCUACAAUGAAUUCAGGGAUUUCCACAUCCACUGCUGAAGGAGCUUCCACAUCACUACCACAAACAACAUUAUCUACAACGACUCCUGUGAUUUUCACUUCCACUGCUGAAGGAGCUUCCACAUCACAACCACACCCAACAUUAUCUACAACCAUUCAUGUGAUUUCCACUUCCACUGCUGAAGGAGCUUCCACAUCACCACCACACACAACAGCUUCUACAAUUAAUUCAGGGAUUUCCACAUCCACUGCUGAAGGAGCUACCACAUCACAACCACAAACAACAUUAUCUAAAACCACUCCUGUGAUUUUCACUUCCACUGCUGAAGGAGCUUCCACAUCACAACCACACACAACAUUAUCUACAACCAUUCCUGUGAUUUCCACUUCCACUGCUGAAGGAGCUUCCACAUCACUACCACAAACAACAGCUUCUACAAUUAAUUCAGUGAUUUCCACAUCCACUGCUGAAGGAGCUUCCACAUUACCAGCACAGACAACAGCUUCUACAAUGAAUUCAGGGAUUUCCACAUCCACUGCUGAAGGAGCUUCAACAUCACUACCACAAACAACAGCUUCUACAACUAAUUCACUGAUUUCAACAUCCACUGCUGAAGGAGCUUCCACAUCACAACCACAAACAACAUUAUCUACAACCAUUCCUGUGAUUUCCACUUCCACUGCUGAAGGAGCUUCCACAUCACCACCACAAACAACAGCUUCUACAAUUAAUUCAGUGAUUUCCACAUCCACUGCUGAAGGAGCUUCCACAUUACCAGCACAAACAACAGCUUCUACAAUGAAUUCAGGGAUUUCCACAUCCACUGCUGAAGGAGCUUCCACAUCACUACCACAAACAACAGCUUCUACAAUUAAUUCAGGGAUUUCCACAUCCACUGCUGAAGGAGCUUCCACAUCACUACCACAAACAACAGCUUCUACAACUAAUUCAGUGAUUUCAACAUCCACUGCUGAAGGAGCUUCCACAUCACAAACAACAUUAUCCACAACCACUCCUUUGAUUUCCACAUCCACUGCUGAAGGAGCUUCCACAUCACAACCACAAACAACAUUAUCUACAACCAUUCCUGUGAUUUCCACAUCCACUGCUGAAGGAGCUUCCACAUCACCACCACAAACAACAGCUUCUACAAUUAAUGCAGGGAUUUCCACAUCCACUGCUGAAGGAGCUUCCACAUCACCACCACCACAAACAACAGCUUCUACAAUUAAUUUAGGGAUUUCCACAUCCACUGCUGAAGGAGCUUCCACAUCACAACCACAAGCAACCUUAUCCACAACCACUCCUGUGAUUUCCACUUCCACCACUGCAGGAGCUUCCACAUCACCACCACAAACAACAUUAUCCACAACCACUACUGUGAUUUCCACUUCCACCACUGCAGGAGCUUCCACAUCACCAACACAAACAACAGCUUCUACAAUUAAUUCAGGGAUUUUCACAUCCACUGCUGAUGGGAAUUCCACAUCACAACCACAAGCAACAUUAUCCACAACCAUUCCUGUGAUUUCCACUUCCACCACUGCAGGAGCUUCCACAUCACCACCACAAACAACAGCUUCUACAAUUAAUUCAGGGAUUUCCACAUCCACUGCUGAGGGAGCUUCCACAUCACCACCACACACAACAGCUUCUACAAUUAAUUCAGGGAUUUCCACAUCCACUGCUGAAGGAGCUUCCACAUCACAACCACAAGAAACAUUAUCCACAACCACUACUGUGAUUUCCACUUCCACCACUGCAGGAGCUUCCAUAUCACUACCACAAACAACAGCUUCUACAACUAAUUCAGGGAUUUCCACAUCCACUGCUGAGGGAGCUUCCACAUCACAACCACAAACAACAUUAUCUACAACCACUACUGUGAUUUCCACUUCCACCACUGCAGGAGCUUCCACAUCACCACCACACACAACAGCUUCUACAAUUAAUUCAGGGAUUUCCACAUCCACUGCUGAGGGAGCUUCCACAUCACAACCACAAACAACAUUAUCUACAACCACUCCAGUAAUUUCAACAUCCACUGCUGAAGGAGCUUCCACAUCACCACCACACACAACAGCAUCUACAAUUAAUUCAGGGAUUUCCACAUCCACUGCUGAAGGAGCUUCCACACCACAAACAACAUUAUCCACAACCACUCCUGUGAUUUCCACUUCCACCACUGCAGGAGCUUCCACAUCACCACCACAAACAACAGCUUCUACAACAUCUUUUUUGACAACUGCUGCACAAAAUGAGGUGUCUACAACAUUGGAGUUUACCUCUUCUGACACGUUUACAAAUGAACUCGUUAAUUCAACUUCUACGGCAUUCAUAAACAGGGCCAAUCACGUGAAAACAACACUUGAACCAGUAUACAAGGCCAAGUAUGCCUCCUUCAAACGACUAAUUGUUUUAUCAUUCAAAUCUGGAUCAGUCAUUACUGAAACAAAGCUAGUCUUCAACUCUACACAGGCAAUACCAUCAUCUAAUGAAAUUGCAAACACUUUAAUAAGUGCAUCUAGUAAUGUCUCUUCCCUGAACAUUAAUACUACAUCUAUUACAGUUAAUAAUACAGUAAUAACUCCAGAAACCCGCUCUACUAAUGCACCAACAACUUGGACCUCAACAGCCACACCAACACCUGCUGGAACAUUUAGCACUAGUCAGGCAUUCACGACAAAAACACAAUCAACAGUGUCGACCUUUGGAUCAACUGCACCCUCUUCAACCAUCGUUGGAAGUUCAACUGUUAGUACAGCCGUAACAUCUAAAACACAAUCCUCAAUAAGCACAACAAGUUCUGCUGUUACAUCCACAUCUAACAGAGCUUCAGCUGGACCAUCCACCACUAAUGGAGCUUUUACCACAACAUCACCAGAAUCAACGCUGUCUACCUUUGGAUCAACCGGUCACUCUUCAGCUGCCUUUGCAAGUUCAACUGUUAGUACAACUGCAUCAUCUACAACACCAUCAUCAGUAUCAACAUCAACUUCAGCUGGAAUAUCCACCACUAAUGGAGCUGUUACCACAACAGCAUCACAGUUAACAGCAUCCACCGCUGCUUCAACCCCUCCCUCAUCAACUCUCUAUGCAAGUUCAACUGUUCCUACAGCUGCAUCAUCUUCAACACCAUCCUCAAUUGCAACAUCAACUUAUCCUGGUACACCCAACACUAAUGGAGCAAUUUCAACAUCAGCACAGUUAACAGCAUCCGCCGCUGCUUCAACCGCUCCCUCAUCAACUGUCUAUGCAAGUUCAACUGUUCCUACAGCUGCAUCAUCUUCAACACCAUCCUCAAUUGCAACAUCAACUUCUGCUGGUACACCCACCACUAGUGGAGCUGUUAUCACAACAGCAUCACAGUUAACAGGAUCCACCGCUGCUUCAACCGCUCCCUCAUCAACUGUCUUUGCAAAUUCAACUGUUAGUACAGCGGCAUCAUCUUCAACACCAUCCUCAAUUGCAACAUCAACUUCUGCUGGAAUAUCCACCACUAAUGGAGCUGUAACCACAACAGCAUCACAGUUGACAGCAUCGACUGCUGCUUCAACCGCUCCUUCAUCAACUGUCUUUAUAAAUUCAACUGUUAGUACAGCGGCAUCAUCUUCAACACCAUCCUCAAUUGCAACAUCAACUUCUGCUGGAAUAUCCACCACUAAUGGAGCUGUUACCACAACAGCAUCAAAGUUGACAGCAUCCACCGCUGCUUCAACCGCUCCCUCAUCAACUGUCUUUUCAAAUUCAACUGUUAGUACAUCGGCAUCAUCUUCAACACCAUCCUCAAUUGCAACAUCAACUUCUGCUGGAAUAUCCACCACUAAUGGAGCUGUUACCACAACAGCAUCACAGUUAACAGCAUCCACCGCUGCUUCAACCGCUCCCUCAUCAACUGUCUUUUCAAAUUCAACUGUUAGUACAUCGGCAUCAUCUUCAACACCAUCCUCAAUUGCAACAUCAACUUCUGCUGGAAUAUCCACCACUAAUGGAGCUGUUACCACAACAGCAUCAAAGUUGACAGCAUCCACCGCUGCUUCAACCGCUCCCUCAUCAACUGUCUUUUCAAAUUCAACUGUUAGUACAUCGGCAUCAUCUUCAACACCAUCCUCAAUUGCAACAUCAACUUCUGCUGGAAUAUCCACCACUAAUGGAGCUGUUACCACAACAGCAUCACAGUUAACAGCAUCCACCGCUGCUUCAACCGCUCCCUCAUCAACUGUCUUUUCAAAUUCAACUGUUAGUACAUCGGCAUCAUCUUCAACACCAUCCUCAAUUGCACCAUCAACUUUUUCUGUUACACCCACCACUAAUGGAGCAAUUUCAACAUCACCACAAUCAACAAUGUCCACCUUUGGAUCAACCGCUCCCUCUUCAACAGGAAGUUCAACUGUUAGUGCUGCCCAAUUAUCUGCAUCACAAUCCUCAAGAGCAACAUUUACUUCUGCUGCAAUAUCCACCUCCAAUGGAGCUGUUUCCACAUCAGCACCACAGUUAACAGCGACUACCUCUGCUUCAACCACAACCGCCUCUGUUAUCUCAACUGUUAGUAGAGUUGGAACAGUAUCCACACCAAUAACUACAGUAACUUCAGGACCAUCAACAACAGGACCGAGCCUCAGCACCACUGCUGCAGUCACCAUGACUACUUCUUCACCUUCAACUGUAGCUUUGCCCGUUUCACCCUCAACUUCAACUAGAGUAACAACAUCUACAACAUCUACAACAUCCAGUAGAACUACUACAACUACCACCACAGCAACAGGAGCUGUGGUCCUGACUGAUCUCGUGUUUAGCUCCAUUGACAACUUUACAAUUGACCUCCUCGAUAUCAGCUCUACGACCUACAAGAAUAGGGUUAAGCUUGUAAAGGACCAGCUUAAUCCAAUCUACAUAAAGUAUACUGGCUUCCUCAGAGUGGAUGUAAAGGGAUUCCGCGCUGGGUCCAUCAUCACCACAACCCAGUUAGUUUUCAACUUCACAACUUCAGACCUACCAACAACCGAACAGAUCAGAGAAGAUCUUGUGAGUGCAGUAAAAGCAGGAACUAUUGAGGCACUGAAAAUAAAUCCUACCUCAAUUGAUGUCAACAGUACAGCUACGGCUACAACAGUUGCGACAACUAUAGUUCGGACAACAGUAAUCAAGACCACUUCCAGCGGACUCAAGAUUGAACCCAGUCUUCUCCAAGUGACAUUCCUCAUUAUUAUGUCAAAAAUAUUAAGACGUGUCCUGUAGAUUACUUAAUCAAAUGUGAAAGUUGAGCAAAAUAUGUGCUAGCAUAUUAAACAUACAGCAAGUUUUAUUGCAUUUAAUAAAGUAUUUACUGUUGUAGUCUGCUCUAAAAAUAAGCUUUAUGACAAUAUACACACAAGCCUGAUAUUGCACUAUUCCUCGAAAAUGUAUUUAUUGAGGUAACAUAAACAAGAUGUUAAUUUAACAGCAGGCUGUUGGAAUAAUGGGAAGGGAAUUUACUUUUUAGAUUUUGUUGCUUUUCUUUGAAAGGAAGAAGUUGAUCUUUAUCCUUUGUGAUUUUCUGAUGAAAGCAGCCGUGAGUUUGACUGCUAGAAUAUAAAAUACUUUGGUUAUAGCUUGUGUAGUAUAUCCUUAUAUUGCAAGAUGUCAUAUUUAAUUUUAAUUCAAUAAACAUAUUUAAAUAUUUUGCAAUUAUUGAAACGCACACUCAGAUGAUAUCUUCAUAUCGAAUAACCAUUUAAAUACCAACAGCCUAGUAUCUGUCUUAUCAAUCUGAUGUUCACGCAGUAAAAUGCAGUGUAAUUUGUUUGUAGAAUAUUUUGAAUUACAGUAAAAUAUCCUAUUUACAGUUAACUGAUCAAUGUUUAACAAUAAAAAGUAUAUAUAAAUAACACAUAUAAAUAAAACCAUUUGUUAAAAUGA